UAAGAACGGUCCAAUCGUGAUAAAAUUGUAUCUGAAAUGAAACAGUUAGAGGAGAAAACAUUUCGCGCUACCGACUAUUCCGAUAGAAACGAAUUUGCUCUAAAUUAUUCGAUAAGAAUCGGCCGUGGAAUAUUGAGAGUGAUCGGCGCUUGGCCACUCUAUAAAGAAAAUUCAAAUAUCGAAAAGUUCUAUAGCUAUUUUGUAAAUUGCUUUUGUUACUUUCUCUUUACCUUUAUACUCGUACCAGGGUUACUUCGAAUUUUCUUAAUAGAACAGAAUACACGCAUAAGGCUUAAGAUCUUUGGUCCUCUUUGUACGUGUUCGAUAAAUGCUACGAAAUAUAGUAUAUUAAUAACGCGCGGGAAAAAGAUUCAAGAGUGCAUGAAACAUAUAAGGGAGGAUUGGAAAAAGGUAGUGUUGGAAAAAGAUUACGAAUCAAUGAUGUCGCAUGCCAAGGUCGGAAGGACUUUAGCGGUGAUGUCAGCCUCUUUUAUAUAUGGCGCUGGAAUGUCCUACCGGACUAUUUUACCUCUCUCAAAAGGCAAACAAAUCAUCGGUAACCUCACAAUAAGACCCAUUGCAUGUCCGAGUUAUUUCGUAAUAUUCGAUGAGCAAAAAUCACCAGCUUACGAGUUUGUCUUUUUUGGACAAUUUCUUGCUGGCUUCGCCGUCUACUCGGUAGCUUGUGGCGUUUGUGGUUUAGCUACCUUUCUGAUCAUGCAUGCGUGUGGCCAAUUCGAAAUUCUUAUGAGAAUGAUGAGAGACAUUGUCGAUGGGAAAGAUGACGUCGAUGAUACUGAUCCAGAUACGCGUAUCGCCGAGGUAAUUAGACAUCAAAUCCGAUCCAAGAAUUUCGUAAAGGAAGUAGAAGAGAUUCUGCAGUACAUGUGCAUGGUAGAGAUCUUGGGUUGUACUAGUCUCGUUUGUCUUGUUUUGUAUUACGUUAUCAUGGAGUGGGAAAAUAGUGAUACUACCGGAUUAAUUACAUAUUUCAUUUUUCUCCUAUCUUUCGCUUUUAACAUGUUUAUUUUUUGUUACAUCGGCGAGCUUCUUUCGGAACAGGGUGCGAAAGUCGGAGUAACUUCUUGUACUCUUGAAUGGAAUCGUCUUCCGACGAAAAGCGCUCAAAGCCUAAUAUUGAUAAUAUUAGCGUCGAAUCAUCCGAUAAAAAUCGUAGCCGGUAAAUUGAUGGACAUGUCACUUAGUAAUUUCAAUAACCAGGAUUAUGAGAAUAUGUUAUCUCGAGGCAAACUUGGAAGAUCUUUGGCGAUACUCUCAACUUGCUUGAUCUAUGGUGCAAGUUUAUUUAACCGUGCGAUAAUACCACUCGCCAAAGGGAACAUAAUUGUAAACAACGUUACGAUAAGACGAUUGCCUCUUCCAAGUUAUUACAUCUUUUUCGACGUGCAGAAAUCACCAGCUUACGAAUUCAUUUACUUCGCUCAAAUAUUUACUGGAUUCGUUGUCUUCACCAUCGCUUCGGCCGUAUUCGCUUUAACGACACACUUUAUCAUGCAUAUCUGCGGUCAAAUUGAUAUUCUGAUAAGAGAAAUUCAGGAUAUCGAGACGGCGAACUCGAACAUUGGAAAUGCUGACAAACUCAUCCGCUUGACGAUUCUGCAUCAGAUACAAAUUAAAAGGCAAGUUUGAAAACAAGCGAUGGAGUAUACUCACAAACACACUUAAAAUUAAAAUAUAAGAUGCACACAUCUAACCACUUUUAUUAUUCUUCAUUAGAAUUUGCAUGUAUGUACAAUACGUACUAAUAAUUAUUGUUAUUUACUUAUAUUGUUUGUUACAGCUUCUUGAAAAAAGUAACGGAGAUUGUACAGUACAUGUGCCUAGCGGAAAUACUUUCUUGCAUGCUCAGUAUUUGUGUCGUCUUUUACGCUUUAAAUAGGGUACGAUGAAGAAACUAAAAAGAGAGAUAGUGUAUGCAUCUACGACAUUACAGAAGGCAUUGGCCCAAUUCAAUACUUCGCUGUACAAAUUUUUCUUUUAAUUCGAUCGUACAAACUCGUUAUAUACACGUCAUUGCAUCAUUUAUUGUCAAUUCCUAAAUUUUUUUUUUCAAAUCUAUCGUUCGAAAAUUUUAUUUCAAUUCGUACGAAAAUCACGUUCAUUUCGAACUUUUUAAUAUCGUAUUAAAUUUA